AUGAUUUCAAGAAGAUUAUUAAGUACUUCAUUAAGAAGUUUAGCUUCUGGUAGUGCCAAUGUUGCUUCCACUGUGUCUUCCUCGACUGCUAGCAUUCCAUCAUCUUUUGCUGAAACUAGUACACCUACACCAACAAAUGCAUUUGAUUUAGCCAUUUCAUCUCAACCAAGAUCUGAUUGGACUAAAGAACAAAUCAAUGAGAUUUAUCAUACACCAUUAAUGGAAUUGAUUCAUCAAGCACAAAUCAAACAUAGAAAGUUUCAUAACCCUUCAGAAGUUCAGUUAUGUACCCUUUUAUCAAUUAAAACUGGUGGUUGUACUGAAAAUUGUUCUUAUUGUAGUCAAUCACAAAGUCAUUCUGAAACUGAUGUCCAAGCUCAAAAGAUGGUCAAUAUUGAUGAAGUUAUGGAAAAGGCUAGAAUUGCAAAACAAAAUGGUUCAACUAGAUUUUGUAUGGGUGCUGCAUUUAGAGAAAUGAAAGGUAGAAAAUCGGCUUUGAAUAGAAUUAGUGAUAUGGUUAAACAAAUCAAUAAUGAAUUAGGUAUGGAAACUUGUGUUACUUUGGGUAUGAUUGAUGAAGAACAAGCCAAGAUUUUAAAAGAUAGUGGAUUAACUGCUUAUAAUCAUAAUAUUGAUACUUCAAGAGAACAUUAUCCAAAUGUGAUCACUACUCGUACCUAUGAUGAUAGAUUGAAAACUAUCAAGAAUGUUCAAAAUGCUGGAAUUAAAGCAUGUACUGGUGGUAUCUUAGGUUUAGGUGAAACCACUGAUGAUCAUAUUGGAUUCUUGCAUACUUUAUCAAACAUGUCUCCUCAUCCAGAAUCUUUACCAAUUAAUAGAUUGGUUCCAAUUAAAGGUACUCCAAUAGUUGAUGUUUUAAACAAGGCACCUAAGGAAAGACAAUUGAAAUUUGACUCCAUUUUGAGAACCAUUGCUACUGCUAGAUUAAUUAUGCCUGAUUCUAUUAUUAGAUUGGCCGCUGGUAGAUACACCAUGAAAGAACAUGAACAAUUCUUAUGUUUCAUGAGUGGGUGUAAUGCAAUUUUCACUGGGGAAAAGAUGUUAACUACCAUGUGUAACGGUUGGGAUGAAGAUAAAGCAAUGUUAGAGAAAUGGGGCAUGAAACCAAUGGAAAGUUUCAGCAAGGAGAAACCAGUAGAAAUUAAAGUAGAACGUGUAUAA